AUGGCCACCAAUGGCAUGGCCCCCUCCUUCUUCCCCGCCAACUUCCUCCUCCAAAUGCAGCAGCCCCUCCACCACCACCAGCAGGAGCACCACCACCACCGCCAACACCAUGACGGGCACGAGCACGAGGCGGCGCACCAUCUCCUGGCUCCCCCUACCCCGGCGCUCGUCAGCCCCUUCCUCCACGACUUCGGCGGCGCCAUGGCCGCGCCGCCGCCAAUGCUUGCCGGCGGCGGCCUCGGCGGCAACAAGCAGCGCAUGUAUCCCGACGGCGGCAUGGGCGGCGACGAUAGCCACCUGCACGCGGCGGAGCCCCAGCAGCAGGACGGCGGAGGCGCCGUGUCGGACGACGGGGAGGGGUCUGCCGCGGCGGGCGGCGGGUGCGGCGGCGAGCGGAAGCGGCGGUUGAGCGUCGAGCAGGUGCGCACGCUGGAGCGCAGCUUCGAGGUGGCCAACAAGCUGGAGCCGGAGCGCAAGGCGCAGCUGGCCCGCGCGCUGGGGCUGCAGCCCCGCCAGGUGGCCAUCUGGUUCCAGAACCGCCGCGCCAGAUGGAAGACGAAGCAGCUGGAGAAGGACUACGACGCGCUGCGCCGGCAGCUGGACGCCGCACGCGCCGAGAACGACGCCCUCCUUUCCCACAACAAGAAGCUGCAGGCAGAGAUCAUGGCGCUCAAGGGAGCCGGAGGCGGCGGGAGGCAGGAGGCGGCGUCGGAGCUCAUCAACCUCAACGUCAAAGAGACGGAGGCGUCCUGCAGCAACCCCAGCGAGAACAGCUCCGAGAUCAACCUCGACAUCUCCAGGCCUCCUCAGGCGCCGCCGCCGGCCGCCGACGACAGCCCCACCAUGAACAGCUACCGCGGCCUACCGUUCUACGCCUCCGCCGCCCGCGCCGACAUCGACCAGCUCCUGCACAGCGACCACCACCCGUCCCCGGCUGCCGCGGCGCCCAAGAUGGAGCUCGGCCACGGCGCCGCCGACGACACUGCCCCCGCCACGGCGGGUGGCGGAGGAGGCACCUUUGGCAGCCUGCUAUGCGGCGCCGCCGUCGACGAGCAGCCGCCGUUCUGGCCGUGGGCCGACGGCCACCAUUCCAGUGAACAAACCCAUUCAUCAAGCUAUAUAUGCGCCGUUGCGUAUGAUCUUGGGCGACACAGGUUUUGA